AUAAAAUAACUCGACAGAUCUGUCAUAUAUCACAUUUUCAAGCGUCAGAAACUUGUCUGUGAGGAAAGAUUCAAAUAAUACGCAAAACUUAACCUCGUGAUUACAUUUUUUAUCGUUGGCUGAAUUUGAAAUAGUUAAGUAAAAAUGAGUUACACGCCGAAUUACCCGACGGUCAGUGUGAGUCCGCAAAUGCCUGAACCAGGGGCGAAAACCAUCACCAAGGAGCAGAAGACGUACUACAGCCCAAUAUACAUGAUCAGUGCCCUCUUCAUCGCUAUAUUUGUUAUAGGACCGCUGUUCGUGCGUCAAGGACCAAACACGGCCGUGACCAGAUGUUGCAUCAUGUUAUCUGCGGUCAUGUUAUGGUUAUUCUGGGUCACCAUGUACAUAGCUCAGAUGAAUCCCAUGAUGGGGCCGCGUCUCGAGAACGUGACGGCCGCCUGGCUUGGACAUGUGUGGGGAAAACAUCCCAAGAGUAUAGAUAAUGAACUGUAAAUGAGGAUGAGUUUUGGUUUGUUCUAUCCAUAUUCUUAUACGUAGCCUUACUUAGAUAUUAUUAUUAAUAUACCUUCC